AUGUUCCCCGGUCGCCUUGUCUUAUCACUAGUCUUUGCUUGGAGUGCGCUUUGCGGUGUCGAAAGCAGGCCAUCAACAUCCUUCUCCGUGGAGCUGUCUACUUGCGGAGGCGGGAGUGGCACAUCGUCUGCGCUGGUCGAACAAUGUACAAACAUCUGUCAACCCAUCCGUGAAGCACAGGACUGCAAUUGGAAUGCCGCCUGUACAUGUUCCGUGGCUUCGCCCGCCGCCGUGCAAGCUUGCUUGCAAUGCCACCUCGAUGCAAAUCAGGGAAUGCACUCCCGCGAGGUCGCCCUUGUUGUUCCAUCCAGACUGUCAGAGUACUCGGAGCUCUGCGGAGUCCCUUCGGUCGACCAGCCACAUGCCAUAGAGACUGACAUCACCAUCAGUGUGGAGCCCCACGACGACGCGGCUUCCAGGAAUUCCACUGAUGAGGCCUUAACGUCUCGGAGUGAAAUAUAUGGCGCACAUUGCCUGUAUGGCCUUCCACAACUGGCAGCCGCCAGUCCGGCGGCUAUCUGGGAAGUUGCGUUCGAGGUUAUCUAA